AUGGAUUCCAGUCCCGUGAAUUCGAGCUUUAGCUCUCAAUCCUAUGAUGAGCUUACUUAUGUACCAACUCCGACAGCGACCGAAAUCGAAACGGGUGCAGCUCCGUUCCUCAUAGCUGGUUCGCUAUCGGAACUUGAGCACAUCAUUGAUAACUGUCCAAUCAUUGAUAACCAUGCCCAUCCUCUCCUUAGCGAGCAGACUCUUGGAGUUUACGAAGCCUCUGGCCUUAAUCUCCUGAGGUGUCUAUCCGAAGCUAACGACGAUGCUCUCAAAGAUGUUCCAAGUACUUUGGUGUAUCAUCGGGCCUUUAAAUCUCUUCAAGAGGGAUUUUUGCAUCUCCGACGUGGUUCCGGUGAAGUCAAUACUUGGGAAGAUUGGAAAAGGUUUCGUUCCUCUUUAGAUCCCGAACUAUUUACCAGGGAAUGCUUUAACGGGUUGCAAACGAUUCUUCUCGAUACUGGCCUCAAAUACCCGCCUCAUGAAGAAAUCGAGGCCCAUUCGGUUCCCUGGCACAAUAAAUUCCUGAAAUCGCCGGCGAAGGAGAUCCUGAGGUUGGAAUGCAUCGCGGAACAAGAGAUUAAAAUUCAGAAAAGCUUUCAUAGUUGGAAAACAAAGUUACGGGACGUCAUUCGAAAGGCGAACAAAGACGAUAACAUCGUAGGAUUCAAAUCCGUGGUUUGUUAUAGGAGCGGAUUGCAUAUCGACGAAGAUGACCGUACCGAGGAAUCCAUUAUUGAUGCCUACACUAGUACUCUAACGAGCUGUAAGGAGGACGGCUGGAAACUCAGCCAUUCUCGUUUGAACGGCUUUAUUUUGCAUUUAUUUGCCAAAGAGAUGACUCGUCAUGUUGAACAGGGAGGCAAAGCAAAACCAUUACAGUUCCACACGGGCCUCGGGGAUAGUGACCUAAGAUUGAAAGACGCAAAUCCUAUUCUUCUGCAGAAAUUUGCCGAGGUUUACCCCCGAGUGCCGAUUGUUUUACUCCACGCGGGGUAUCCUUUCACUAGAGAAGCCGGCUAUCUCGCCUCAACAUAUGCCAAUGUGUAUUUGGAUUUUGGACUAGUUUUCCCGACAGUCUCACAAGCAGGACAAGAAUCCAUCGUUAAACAGGUCCUGGAGCUCACACCUAGCUCGAAGGCAAUGUGGUCAACAGAUGGUCACCACUAUGGGGAGACCUACUAUCUUGCCCAGAAACAAGUACGAGAGGUAUUCAAGACUGUUAUGAGGGAAAUAUACGGUAAAGGAAAUGUUUCCUUGCGAAAUAUAUCGAAUAUAGUCACGGACCUAUUUUUCAACACUUCAAACCGACUCUACAACCUCAAGCUGGAUCUCAACAUCCCUAUCCCACUAAAUCAUGCCCCGCUCGAAAUGGCUGGUGCUGAAGAUGAGCUUGAGCAUCGUGGUCGUACCGGCCUUAAAAUCCUUCAGGAUUUUCUCACGAAGAACCCAGGCAUUGAGUAUCUUCGUCUCAACUGGUUGGACUAUUCAUCAAUUUUACGAACUCGGGUUGUAAAGCUCAAACACGUCAUAGCCCAACUCGAAAAUAACUCCAACGGCUCAAUCAUAGGCGUUACCAAAGCCGCCCUCUAUAUACUAGCAAAUUGUACGCUGGCCGAGGGCGCUAAUCCGUGUGGAGAAGAUAGACUGGUUCCGGACUUCACAUCUCUUCGCCUUCAUCCUCACCAAAAAAAUGGACAAGAUCAUCACAACCAUGCAACAGUCAUGUGCUGGAUCCAAGAUCCCGAUAGCCAUAAAACCAUUGCUCUUUGCCCCCGAAACAUUCUCAAAAAUGCUCUUGUUAGGGCAUCUGAUGCUGGUCUCUCAAACUUCAAAGUCGGAUUCGAAAUUGAAUUUUGCAUGUUUAAACAGUCAGACCUCGAUGAAGGCAAAAUCGCGCCAAUAACGACUCACCACACUUGGACCACUUCUCGCUCUCUCCAGACAAAAGCUUUAGAUAUUCUAGAGGAAAUUGACCAAAAGCUUUCUAAAGCGGGUAUUGAAAUCGAACAGUUCCACAGUGAGGGUGCCCAGGGACAAUAUGAAAUUGCUUUAUCUCCAUUACCACCAAUGCAAGCAGUCGAUGGCUUGAUAUAUGCUCGUGAGGUCAUCCAAUGUGUUUGUGCCAAAUACGGAUAUCGAGCGAGUCUUUUACCAAAGCCGUUUGACAAUGAGUGUGGCACAGCUUCGCACGUCCACAUGUCUUUCAAGCCUAUCGAAAAACAAUGGAACUUUUUUGCAGGGAUUUUGGAGAAUAUGAGAGCGCUUAACGCGGUUAUCCUAGGAGGAGAAAUGAGUUUUGAGAGAAUUGUCCCCGGGGCGUGGGCAGGUGGCAUAUGGGCUUGCUGGGGUAGACAAAAUCGGGAGGCACCCCUUAGGCUAGUGGAAGAGGAUAAAGCACACUGGGAGAUCAAGGCUGUGGACGGAAUGGCAAACAUGUACUUAGCUCUCGCUGGCAUUAUUACAGCAGGGACUAAGGGUGUCAUAGAGCAACUCGAUAUCUACGGGGAAUCAGAUCGUGACGCCAGCUUGAUGACUGCAGAGGAAAGAAAAAGGCGAGGUAUCAGGAUUGAAAUGGUCAAGUCAAUGGACGAGGCUAUCGCCGCCCUGUUUGAGAAUGACGGUCAAACUCCUCUUGAGUUCUCUGAACAGAUGGCGCCCGGAUUCGCUAGACACAUGAGCGUCCUAAAGAAAGCCGAGAAUGAAAACAUUUACUCGCAGUUCAUAGAUCCAAGAACAGGAUCUAUUGAUAUUCCUAGACGGAGAGCGUGGGCGGCGCAAUGGUAUUAG